AGGCUAUUCCAUGGUUUAACGGGGUUAAGUUGUCAAGUAUCUUGUCGCUUGAUUGUAUUUACUUCUCUUUUUUCUUUAUGUGACCUCCCUUCAUCUUCUUUUUAUAGCUUGCCGCGCAGCUGCUGAUAUCAGGCAAUGGCAGGUCAAGCAAUGGCCGAUACAGAUCCGAACGAAGAUUGUCAAAAGGAUGUCAUGUGUUGUAAUGGAUCGCCAAAUGAGAAGGGAGAUAGCCUAGCCAAAGAAUGUGAACCUUACGAGAAAGCAAUGAAGGAUAUGCAGGAAGCUCUGGAGAAGAAUAAGCAGCGGCCUCUUGAGAAGGCGAUGAGUUGGGCGGCUAUGACUAGUUCGAUGCUGGCGGCUUCUUCGUCAUCUGCGGCGGCGGCGGCUUCUUCGUCUCCUAGACUGGCUUCAAGCAGUGUGCAUGCUGUGCCCACGGGUCACUAGGGAAUGCUCUUGGGCCUUAUAGGGGGGUAGUUCAGGGCUUGAUUUACGUGAGGUGGAUUU